CUACUGCCUUUUAGACUUCAUUUGCAAGACUCGAACUCAAUUCUUAAAUCUAAAGUUUGUGUGCUCCUUUGAAUUAAAUGAAGUAAAGUAGACAGAGGAAGAUGGGAACAUAUCGUCAAUUUUAACAUCUAAUCUAAGAUUUCAUAAGUCAGGUUCUCUUUCAAGCUGGACGGUUACCACUAACGUCAUCGAUUUUUUUUAUAACUUUUUUGAUCUCUUAAAAAAGCGAUAUUUAUCGAUAUUAAUUUUUUCGAUAUUUAAACUUCUUUACACAAAAAAAUCUUCUGAUAUUGACCGAGAAUGUAUCGAUAUGAUCGGUUUUUUAAAAAUUGAUCACGAUCAAAUUUUACUCUCCGAUUAUCGAUCUUUUCGAUCGAUCAAUCAUAUCGGAACAACACUAAUCUCAGCUUCUUUUAGCAACUGACUUGUCGUCUGAAUCGAAUAAGUGUUUUAUUUAAAAAUUACUGUAGUUUUAUUAUUAACUGAAAAUUGAUAGUUAGCAUUUCAAAGCUGAUUUAAAAUGUUGAUAAAUGAACUUCCAGAUGAUUGCUUGUUGGCUAUUCUUGAUUAUAUACAAGAUUUGAAAGAUUUAAUAAACUGCUUCAAAGUUUGCGAAAAAUGGUCUAAUGUAAUUGUUGGUCGGACAAGAAGAGUCAAAUAUUUGAUCAAUAAACCAAAUUAUUCGCCUGAUUAUGUUUGUAACUACGUAAAUCGACCUAUUGAUGUAACCUGUUUGAGCAAAUUGUUUCCAAAUUUAAGGAUUGCUUACCUUUCAUCUUUGUUAUUUGAAAAAGAACCAAUCGAGGAUAUUGUUAAAGUAAUCAGAGAUUCAGAAUCUUUGAAAGGAAUAAUUUUUGAUGAAAAAUUUGAUUUUGUAUUGAUGGCGGAAAUCGCUGACUUCCAAAUGUUAUCUAUCGGAUAUAUUAAUCCAAACAUAAGUGAAAUCUAUGGAAAUAUGAAACAAUUGUGCCUUGAUAACUCUAAUUUAGAUCUAUUCGAAUUGGGCCAUCAUUUUCCAAAUCUUGAAAGGUUUCAAUAUAGGGGAGCAGACUUAUCAGAACCUUAUCCUGAUGGUCCAGUAUUGGCAAAUCUUAAAAUACUUGAAAUGGAAAUAUCUCACGAUUACUUCGAAGACGAUUAUUGUUCAUUUGUAUUGAUGGAUUCGUGCCCAGCAUUACAGAGUGCUCAUAUCAGCAUGAAACACUGUCCCUGUGAGGUCAAUUAUUCAAUAAAACUUGCAAACUUACAAGAUUUGGUUUUAGAAUUUUUCGAGUCUAAGGAAUGGAGUAGCCUACGAAGACUGAUGGUAAAAUACCCAAAUCUAAAGCAUUUGGCAUUACAACGCAUCUAUUUAAGCGAGGAGGAAAUCGUGGAAUUGAUACAAAUUUUGCCAAAACUAACACUACUCGAUGUUCGUAAAUCUUAUUCAGUAUUCUUUGAAUUCACUCAAGAAACUGCUGAUCAUGUUCAGGAUUAUUGUAAGCGGUAUGGACGAUCAAUCAAGUUUUAUUUCAAAGCCGAGGACAAACAAAUUGAAUCUGAUUGGCCGCAGAUAUUGAAUCGACCAGAUAAAAUUUGUCGUGGAUUUGAUUUCAUGGAACAUUGUUUUUUCAAAGAUUUCACUGAUUUGCCUUAUUUUUUGGAUCCAAUAGAUGAUUGAAAAUGCAAAAAAUAACAUAAUUGUCAACCCUCUGCAUCUAGUUUCAGCUGUAUGAUGUACGAUAUUGAAAGAAAUAUAACCCUUUAUAUAUUA